CCUUUCUCCUGUGAGUGUUCAGGGAGGUCGUACAAAUAAAGUUUUGUUGGUUUGUCUGUGACGCAGAGUGUACCAUUUGCGCAUGCGUAGCUAAGAGCCGCACGUGAAGCAGACAGCAUGGCUGAGGGAAAAGGAGUCGCGUUAGACCGGGCACAGGUGAAGAAGGCCGUCCAAGCCUUGCAAGCCUUCCUGAAAACCAAGUCGACCAGUGACUCUCUGUUCCUGGACGACACUCAGCAGAUCAGCUUGCUCUUCACCCUCUGGAAGAUCCCCAAAGUGGCACAGACCAUCCGCAUUCCCCUGCCCCAUGGCCAGCGGUCUGACACAGACGAGGUUUGCCUGUUCACCAGAGAUGAGCCCAAAAUGACCUCGGAGCAGACCCAGAGGUUUUAUAAGAAGCUGCUGGAGGAGAGGGGAGUCAAAAACAUCACUGAGAUCAUCCCAUACAAGGUCCUGAGGACGGAGUACAAACCAUUCGAAGCCAAGCGCCGUCUGCUGGGAAACUUCGACAUGUUCCUGUCUGAUGACCGCGUCCGCCGCCUGCUGCCCUCCCACCUUGGAAAACAUUUCUACGAGAGGAAAAAAGAGCCGCUGUCUGUGAACCUGCAGAGCAAACAUCUGGCCCGAGACAUCGAGAGAGUCAUCCAGGGCACCAGCUUGAAGGUUAACAACAAGGGCUGCUGCUGCAUGGCUCGUGUUGCCCACUCCGGCAUGACUGCAGAUGAGGUGACAGAAAACAUCGAGGCUGCAGUCCAGACAGUGGUGGCCAAACUACGCAUGAAAGGACCAGUGAUGAAGAUCAUCCACAUAAAGAGUCAAACAUCAGUGGCUCUGCCCAUCUACAGCUCAGACCUCAGCCACCUCGAUGUGCAGGGGGUGGCAGAGAAAAAUGCUCAGACUCCCAAGAAAGAGGGAAAGGCAAAGAAGAUGAAGACAGAGGACUUAAAGCAAACGGAGAGCACUGCUGAGGGAGAGGAGAAAAAGGUGGAGGAGGAUGAAGAAAUCCCACAGCUUGUUCCUAUAACAACACCAAGCAAGAAGCCUAAACUGGAGAAGCCAUCCAAAAAGAAGCAACUGAAGAAAGCACCUAAACCCGCUGCAGCAAAGAAGGGGAAAAAAUCACCAAGCAAACUGAACAAGAAGACCGGCAAGAGUGACUCCAAAGUAAAAAGAAAAGUGCCUAAAGUGAAAUGAUUCUCCGCAGAGCGUCUUUGCACAUUACCCCCCCUCAACAUGGACAUUUUACACAGGAGCGAGAUGGCUGAUCGUCAUUAUAUUCAGUUUGUUUUGUCUUUUUUUUGCUUGAAUAUAACAGAUUAUAAACUUUGUUAUUUGAAACAAUA